AGGAGCUGGGAAAUGGCGGCGGCAUCAUCAUCGUCGUCGUCGCGUCGCUCGCAGCAGCAUCAUCACCACCCUCACCCUCCACCUCAUCACCCGGCCCAGUCGCCAGUGUCGCCGCCUCGGAGCCCCAACCUUUCCCCCACUGGAGCUUCCCCUCAGCAGCGGCCCACUCUGGCCGGUCCCGAAGGAGAGGCCCCCGCGAGCAGCGGACGGGAAGGGGCGGUGGCGGCGGCCGCGGCAGGGUCCGCCGAGAGGCCUUUUUCUCCGGAGAGUGGCGGCGAAGGCGCCGGGCCUCCCCAGCCGCCGGGCUCUGGGGCCAGUAGCGCUGCCAACAGCAGCAGCAGUAGCAGCAGCAGCAGCUCCGGCUCCUCGUCGUCUUCGUCGUCCUCGGCUGCUUCCAGCCCAGCCGCUGCUGAGAGCCCCGAGCCGCCUCCACCGCCGUUGCAGCCGCCGCCUCCGCCUGUGGGAAGCGGUGCCUUUCGGGAACUGCUCGAGGCCUGCCGCAAUGGGGACGUGACGCGGGUUAGACGCUUGGUGGAUGCCACCAACGUCAAUGCCAAGGAUAUGGCCGGGCGGAAAUCCACCCCUUUACACUUCGCUGCAGGUUUUGGAAGAAAGGAUGUAGUGGAGCACUUAUUACAGACAGGAGCCAAUGUCCAUGCUCGUGACGAUGGCGGACUGAUACCUCUUCAUAAUGCUUGUUCUUUUGGUCAUGCUGAGGUAGUUAGCCUCUUGCUGUGUCAGGGUGCAGAUCCAAAUGCCAGGGACAACUGGAACUACACUCCUCUGCAUGAAGCUGCUAUCAAAGGCAAGAUAGAUGUCUGUAUUGUAUUGCUGCAACAUGGAGCUGAUCCAAAUAUUCGGAACACAGAUGGGAAAUCAGCUUUGGAUCUUGCAGAUCCUUCUGCAAAGGCCGUACUUACAGGUGAAUACAAGAAGGACGAACUCCUGGAAGCUGCUAGGAGUGGCAAUGAAGAAAAACUAAUGGCUUUGUUGACACCUUUAAAUGUGAACUGCCAUGCAAGUGAUGGGCGGAAAUCGACUCCAUUACAUUUGGCUGCAGGAUACAACAGAGUUCGGAUAGUUCAGCUUUUGCUGCAGCAUGGUGCCGACGUCCAUGCAAAGGAUAAGGGUGGACUUGUGCCUCUGCACAAUGCAUGUUCCUAUGGACAUUAUGAAGUUACAGAAUUGCUGCUGAAACAUGGAGCUUGUGUUAAUGCAAUGGAUCUUUGGCAGUUUACUCCGUUACAUGAAGCUGCUUCCAAGAAUCGUGUGGAAGUUUGUUCUUUACUACUCAGCCAUGGUGCAGAUCCAACAUUAGUCAACUGUCAUGGCAAAAGUGCUGUUGACAUGGCCCCAACACCUGAGCUGAAAGAGAGGCUCACCUAUGAAUUCAAAGGACAUUCCUUACUACAAGCAGCAAAAGAAGCAGACUUAGCCAAAGUAAAGAAGACACUUGCCUUGGAGGUCAUUAAUUUCAAGCAGCCACAGUCCCAUGAGACAGCACUGCACUGUGCUGUGGCUUCUCUUCACCCCAAACGGAAACAAGUUACUGAGUUACUGCUCAGGAAAGGAGCCAACGUCAAUGAGAAAAACAAAGAUUUCAUGACUCCUUUGCAUGUCGCUGCUGAGCGAGCUCACAAUGAUGUUAUGGAAGUUCUUCAUAAACAUGGAGCAAAGAUGAAUGCACUAGACACCCUUGGACAAACAGCUUUGCACAGAGCUGCUUUGGCAGGUCACCUGCAGACUUGUCGCCUUCUGCUGAGUUAUGGCUCUGACCCCUCCAUCAUCUCCUUACAAGGUUUCACAGCAGCACAGAUGGGCAGCGAAGCAGUGCAGCAGAUACUCAAUGAGAGCACUCCAGUACAUACAUCUGAUGUGGAUUAUAGAUUGUUGGAAGCCUCUAAAGCUGGAGAUUUGGAAACUGUGAAGCAACUUUGCAGUCCCCAGAAUGUGAACUGCAGAGAUUUGGAGGGACGCCAUUCAACUCCACUGCAUUUUGCUGCGGGUUAUAACCGAGUCUCAGUAGUGGAAUACUUGCUUCACCAUGGAGCAGACGUUCAUGCAAAGGAUAAAGGUGGCUUAGUACCUCUACAUAAUGCCUGUUCAUAUGGACACUAUGAAGUGGCAGAAUUAUUGGUGAGACAUGGGGCAUCUGUCAAUGUGGCAGAUCUGUGGAAAUUUACACCACUCCAUGAGGCAGCAGCAAAGGGGAAAUAUGAAAUCUGUAAGCUUCUUCUAAAGCAUGGAGCAGAUCCAACUAAAAAGAACAGAGAUGGGAACACACCCCUAGACUUGGUGAAAGAGGGAGACACAGAUAUUCAGGAUCUUCUGCGAGGUGAUGCUGCCCUCUUGGAUGCAGCCAAAAAGGGAUGUUUGGCCCGAGUUCAGAAGCUGUGUUCUCCAGAAAACAUCAAUUGCCGAGAUACCCAAGGACGAAACUCCACCCCACUGCAUCUUGCCGCUGGCUACAAUAAUUUGGAAGUUGCUGAAUAUCUUCUAGAGCAUGGUGCUGAUGUCAACGCUCAAGACAAAGGAGGAUUAAUUCCACUACAUAAUGCAGCAUCCUAUGGGCAUGUGGAUAUAGCAGCUUUGCUGAUUAAAUACAAUACCUGUGUAAAUGCUACAGAUAAAUGGGCAUUUACACCAUUGCAUGAAGCAGCGCAAAAAGGAAGGACGCAGCUGUGUGCUCUACUUCUAGCUCAUGGAGCAGACCCAACAAUGAAGAACCAAGAAGGCCAAACACCUUUGGAUCUGGCUACCGCUGAUGAUAUCCGAGCCCUGCUGAUUGACGCAAUGCCACCAGAGGCCUUGCCGACUUGCUUUAAACCUCAAGCUACUGUAGUUAGUGCUUCUAUCAUUUCACCAGCAUCAACCCCAUCCUGCCUGUCUGCUGCCAGCAGUAUAGAUAACCUUGCCGGACCUCUGGCAGAAAUUGCCGUGGGAGGGGCAUCCAAUGCUGGGGAUGGAGCAGCAGGAACUGAGAGGAAAGAAGGAGAAGUUGUCGGUCUGGACAUGAACAUCAGCCAGUUUCUGAAAAGCUUGGGUCUGGAACAUCUUCGGGAUAUCUUUGAAACAGAACAGAUUACCUUGGAUGUACUGGCAGACAUGGGGCAUGAAGAGCUGAAAGAAAUUGGCAUUAAUGCCUAUGGGCAUCGUCAUAAGUUAAUAAAAGGUGUAGAGAGACUUCUAGGUGGGCAGCAAGGCACCAAUCCAUAUCUGACUUUUCACUGUGUCAGCCAAGGAACUAUUCUUAUAGACCUUGCUCCUGAUGACAAAGAACAUCAAUCUGUGGAAGAAGAGAUGCAGAGCACCAUAAGGGAACACAGAGAUGGUGGCAAUGCUGGAGGGAUCUUCAACAGGUAUAAUGUCAUCCGGAUUCAAAAGGUUGUAAAUAAGAAGCUGAGAGAGAGAUUCUGCCAUAGACAGAAGGAAGUCUCGGAAGAAAACCAUAACCAUCAUAAUGAACGCAUGCUCUUUCAUGGGUCUCCUUUUAUUAAUGCUAUUAUUCACAAAGGAUUUGAUGAAAGGCAUGCAUACAUUGGAGGGAUGUUUGGAGCUGGCAUUUACUUUGCGGAAAACUCUUCUAAAAGUAACCAGUAUGUAUAUGGAAUUGGUGGAGGCACAGGCUGCCCCACACACAAAGACAGGUCCUGCUACAUCUGCCACAGACAAAUGCUUUUUUGUCGCGUGACAUUGGGGAAAUCCUUCUUGCAGUUCAGCACCAUGAAAAUGGCGCAUGCCCCACCUGGGCAUCACUCUGUAAUUGGCAGGCCAAGCGUAAAUGGACUUGCAUAUGCCGAGUAUGUCAUCUAUAGAGGGGAACAGGCCUAUCCUGAGUAUCUGAUUACAUACCAAAUUGUAAAGCCAGAAACUCCUUCACAGACUGCAACGGCUGCAGAGCAGAAGACCUAGUAAAUACCGGUUCAGUGACGCAAUUUACACAACUUACAUAACUUAUGGACUGUAUGGAUGACAUUAGUUUCAAAACAUCAACAUUAUAUGAAAUUCUGGAACUAAGCUCUAUGUGUUUUAUAAAGCCUUGCUCUAUAAACAAAUAUGAGUAAUUGAUAAGUACUCAAUUGCUACUGUUCCUUUUGAGGAAAUGUUUACAAAGGUUUGCCUUUUAACAACAUAUCUCAGGCUCAUUUUCCCUGCAGCUGCCAUGUGUGUGGUGAUAUCAUUGCUUCCAUCUGGGUGUUUGGGAACAUUAUUUAACAAGCAGGGCUAUGCCAUGACCAUAUUUUUUCAAAGAAUUUCUGAUGCCACUGUUCCAGUAACGUGAUACACAUAACUUGUAUUGAACCCCUGCCGCCUUCUCAACAUUCAAAGUCGGUUUUAUUUUUAUUUCGUAUGACAAAAAAUGAGCCAGGCCCUUCUUGAGGAUAUUUUUUGCACAAAGUCAAGUUGACUAAAACCAAUUAACAAUGCAAUAGGAAUUUCUUGUCCAAGAAGUUGUUAGAGAGCUAGUUCUGUGGUCUGGGAUUCUUUUUGCACUUUUAUGGUAAUUCCUUUUUUAUGUUGCUAGAAACAUAAUUUUCGGGCAGAAACUCAUCCUUGGAACUUGGUGAGUUUUUCUUUCUCUAAGUUCCUCCAAGUAUCCCUGCAGCCACCUCAUAAAAAGCUGUCUGUUCUUGAAACAUGAUCUGCUCUCUCCCAGCUAAAAUUCCAAUAGCUGUUGUUAACAGAGGAGGCUUAGUGAGAGCACUUACGGAAGGAAACAAAAUAUACAUGCUUUGAAGGUGUCUGGUAAACUGCCUAAGGAAUUUUGAUAGGAUGAGUAUAAAUAGGUAGAUCUGCCAGAGGAACCUUCACUGAAGGGUCUGCUUGGGCCUAUUUUCGUUUUUGGAAAGAGUGCAGAAGCAGGGCUUCCAGUUCAGACAAUCCCCCACCAUUCCCCUUUCCUUAGUCCACCUGCCCAGGAUCACAGGAUCAAUGAGCGAGUAAAUGGAAGCCAUUACGGUUGCUUGGAGCCAAUGUCUCCUGCUUCCUGGUUUGCUUCUCCCCGUGAUGAUGAGGAGUAGCAAGGGAGGGGAGGGAGUGAGACAGGCACCUGCUCCAGGUCUCUCAUUAGGUACAAUCCCAGAGAAAACAGUGAAUCUGUUAGGACAUGUUGUCUAUUAAGCUCACUUUGGGCUCUUGCACUCGAACAGGAAGAAUUACUUAUCUGUGUAAGGAUUCAGCCACAUGCUGUCCUGGCAGGAGUAUACUAACAUGGCAUGCAAAUCAUCUUUUCUCCAAUGAAAUUGUUUUUUAAAAACCUAUAGUCCAGUAUAUUUGCAUUCAUCUUAUCCGAGAAGGCUACUAGUUAGCUUCUCUUUAUUAAACUUGUCCCCUUUAAUUUUGUUUGAUGAUCUCCUUAAUGAUCAUCAUUAUCAGAGGUUAACACAAAAACUAUUUUUUCCAAGAAAGGCAACUUUUUUACAAUGCAAUAACUUUACAAAAAAGGAAGAAGUUGAACAUUAAAUAGUAAUAGAAGUUUAUAAAUAGGAUAUGUAACAGAGAGAUUGCAAUGUUUUUAGAACUAUAACCUUGCAAAAUCUUUAGUCAGAGGUCAAUAGCCAAAGAAGGUUGGAUUGCUCAAGUUACAGUUCUUCCAUUAAUGCUUUUUAUUCCUUGAGAAUAAAAAUAGCAGACUGUUGCAAUUGUUUUAUGAAAUAUACUGGCAUCUGCUUGGAAAUGGGGGCAAAAGUCUUUAUCUGCUGAAACAGCAAGCACAAAAACAAAGCCCAAAGAAGUUUCUGGAAAAAUGUCUUUGCCAAGAAUAAUCAUGUAGAUUUCAACGUUUGUCAAAUGCAGUUCUUGAUUCAGGCUGGCUAAAUGCCUUCUAGUGUUAGAGAGACCAGAUGAAGCAAGUUUUGACAGCUGUGAACAUUUCCUUUUUGCUUCAGUUGUCAAAGCCACUUGGUUUUGUUGGGUUAUGAUGUGGAGAUAAAGCUGAUCAGGAUAACCUUUUCUUUCAAUUUAUGUCAAAGUUGGGAAGGUAUGUUGGCCCUUCACUGUUAGAAUUCAUAUGAACACUCAUAUGAAUGUUGUUAAGCACAGCUGGUGGGUUGUGCCAACUGCAGUAGAAUUGCAAAUUAAUGUGAAAGUCUACUUUCUGCCAACUUCAUGUAGACGUUAAGUGGAACCCAGCUGUUUUCAUAGUUUAGCCAAGUGGUUAACAUGAAUGUAGAAAUUCAGUGUUUCUUUCUCCAAGGAAGGGGUGAGAAUGCUCGAUUCUGUGGCUGUCUGUUUCCUCCAAUGUGCUAGUUGAGCUAAUGAAUGUUUUAGAUUUCAUCUAGAGCCCUAAACUCCCAGAAUCUCCAACUUGUAGCCCUAAUCUUUUAAACUGCCCGUGUUUGUAACUGAUGUUUUGUGCAGAGUAAAAGGUGCUGUGCGAGGAAUUCCAUUUGCAGUGGCUUUUGUCUGAUAGUAAUGUGUUUCUCUUAAUCCUUUUCCUGGUCAUAUCCUGAAAAAUGUGCAUGCAUGUUUGCUCAAGCCUUCAGAAAUCCCAAAGCCAAACUUGGGUAAUCUUAGAAGACUAAAAUGUACAUCUAGUAUUCACUGCCUUUCAAACUAAAGUAACAGCUACCUUUCUCUGAAAUAGGACUGGUUUUUCUGAGAAGAGCUCAUACACAUGAUUCCUAAGCACAGGUAUUUGGCAUUAGUUCCCAUAAUUAUUAAUUUGGGGGAGCAUCUCGUUUAUGCUCUAUGGAAGGAACCUGGGAAGUGCCUUUUCUGUGAAGUCAGAGUACCACAGGGGUUAUGCUGUUUAGAUAAACACAGUAUUCUGUUUGUCUCCCAGUAAAAACAAUCAGUUUUAUCCCCCGCAGAGAAAGAUUGGAUAGUAAAGGAUAUGUCACAAAUGUGGUACAGUCCGUUUACUCAUUAGCUUUGUCCCACACCAGGUGUGAGGCACAUGAGGGACACGGUUUAUGUCUUGGAGUUCAUAUUUUUCUCCAGAAUGUAAAGUCCACUUGCCUCGAGUGUUGCUCGGCAUCCCAGCUUUGCAAACAUCAUUGCAUUACCUGGGGACGUGCUUCUUUGGGAACGUGGGCAUAUGGGCUGUUGUGCACAGUAGUCAGCAAACCCAGGGCUGCCACCAGCAUGCAUUCCUGCAGGGAACCAUUCCCAGUCCCAGCUCCUUGGCAAGCAUAUCCCGAUGCUGCACACACUGACAAGCAGUGGGUUGAGACUGUCUCCCUGCACACACUCAGGGUGACAAGAGCAAGCUCCUCUCUUCACCCGUUCAUACCACACAGUAAGCAGAACGCCUGAAGAGGGCUUUUGUCCGCCAGGAUACUGAAUGCAAACCUGCUGCUGAGGAAAUCCAUGACACUGUUUCCAGUGCUGUGUAGUACGCGGGAUACAUUGCGUUCAUUGUUUUAACACUGCAUUCAAUUAUUACUGAAAAUUAUGAGAACAAACCCUCCAUAAUAUUACAUACUUGUGUGGCUGCUGGAUAACUGUGGUUAAGAGGAACCAGAUAUGAUUGAGUGACUGACACAUACGACAGAUGCAGUAAAAAGCAAACAGUCAGGCGGCUUUGUACCAUUUGAACUCUCUGUCAGUCCACAUUUACAGCAGCUCCUUCUGUGUCCAUACACUGCUGCAGGACUUGUGUGUAGGACCCAUAUUGGUGACUGCAGCCGUGUCUGUGCUAUUUUGUAGUACAAAGUGGCUGUCAGUUCCCUGUGCUGCCUCCCAUAGUGGCCGUGUGGAGGCUGUUGCAAAUGGAAAAUUAAAGUGGUCAUUGGCCGUUAACACAUUUUAUAAUGUCCAGCUUGCAGCUGCAAACUUCUUGAGGUUGCUAUUGAUUAUUAAAAUGUCAGUAUGAAUAAAAGUUCCAGUGUUCCCCCCACAUACACAUCAUCCAACUGUAAUGGGUUUUCCCCCAGUACCUGUUCCUUAAUCCCAUCUAAAUGGGUGUAUAAGCCAUGCAUGCAAGAGAAGCUUGAUUUGUAACUCUUGCUGGUGCCUCCAAAUCAAUGGCACAAGCCUUCGGCUGUUUGCAAAGGAAUUGCCUUAAAUUUGGUUUCAUUAUAGAUAAAAAUGGUCCCUCAGAUUUGCAGCCAGAAGUGAGGCUCUGCGUAUUUUGUGAACCUUCAGCAGCACUGGAAAAGUACAGAAUGAUAUUCAAUGCAGCCUUUAGCUUCCUGGAAAUAUCACCAUCACAAAAUGGCUAGCAAGUUCCUAGUUCUUAUAUUUGCAAGGAUCUUCCUGUAAAAUGUGCGAGCAAUGAGCCUACAGAAAUCUUAGAAAUCAGUGGGCUUUUUGAUUGAACUUGCCCUGGGCCAGAGUUUGGUUACUCUUCAUAGCUCCUUGCCUCUCCUUGUGACUGGUGAAGCUAAAACAAGUUAUGCAAAAUUGUAGAAUUAGGUUUGGUUAAGUAACAAUUAGUACUUAAGAAAAGUGUAACAAGUUUUUAUUUUUGGGAAGUAAGAUAGUGCAUUGUGCUUAGAUGGCCUAAUUUGGAGAAGGAUGAAGAAGUUUGCUUGUUUGUUUGAGAGCAGAGUACACACCCAUUUUUCAUUCGUGCCUACUUAAGGGUUUUGCAGAGCAGUUUCUUUCAUAGUUUAUUGGAUUCAGGAAAACAUGGCUUGUGAUUAAAUAGCUGAGGACAAUUUCCAGAGGAUUAGCCAUGCUAAGUCUGUUGUAUAAGAAGCAACAGGAUUCUGUGGUACCUUAAAGACUAAUACCUUUAUUAUAACUUAAGAUUUUUGGACCAGAAUUGGACUGCAGUCUGCAAAAGCUGAUGCUAUAACAGAGAACAUUGUAGUAUUUUCCUCUAAUUUUCAUGUUCCUUGUGGUCUGUUGUUCAGAAGGUGGAGAAAGAAGACAAAUCAUGUGUCUAAACUGAAAUGUCUUUCUGCCAUAAAAUACUGGGUUCUGUAGCUUACUGAUCACAGGGUAAUUUGUGUGUGUGUGUACUUGUCCCAGUCAACUUACUGGUAAAGGAUUUUAAAGGCUGCUUGUUUACACUGCAAUCUCAAUGAAUAGAUUUUUUAAAAUUUAUUUGCAAUGUUGUUAAAACUUUCAACAGGUUUUUAGAACUUGCCAUUUGUUUGCAGUAGCCAUCAGCCUAUGUAUACAGUCUCCUAACAAUGUUGACAGCUAGUUAUUUCCAUAGGCAUUAAAGUGCUAGCUUUGCAUUAAACAGAAUUCUUGUAUAUCUUGCUUGCAUAGCUAGCCUCAAUGCCUAUCGACUGUAGAAGAAGGUAUGAAGUCCCAAUACGGCCUUUCAUUUUCUGUGACCUGGAGCUGGGAUGGUGUUUAUUUGAUAAAACUAUCCUCUUGAUAAAAGAGGGUAAUAGAUUCUCUUACCCAGUGUGAUGAAAUUUUGCAUAAAGCCAGUGUAACAACUGAGUUAGAUCUUACUGUGCUUUGACUUAAUGUCUGACCUAUAGUAUUUGUGACAGAGUAAGAUUCAAUAAACACUCUUUUUUAACACUUGCA